AUGGGUAGCUCAUUAUUAGUGCGGUCCUCCGCCCGAGAAGACGACCGAUCUCACGAAUAUGAGCCCUUAACGGGCAACGAUGAGGUCGAAGCCCUCGAAAGCUCCGCCGUGUUCGAGGACCACGAGCAAAUACCAUUCUCAUGGUUCGAGUACGGCAUCUUCGCCCUUCUCGGGAUGGCCAUGCUGUGGGCAUGGAACAUGUUCCUAGCCGCCGCUCCGUACUUCUCCUCCCGUCUAGCAAGCGAUCCCUGGUCCCAGACCAACUUCCAAUCCGCCAUCCUGGCAGUGUCGACAAUGACGAACCUGGGAGUCAUGCUCCUCCUCUCCCAGAUCCAGAAGGGCGCCUCCUACCCGUACCGCAUAAACAUCGCCCUCGUCAUCAACAUCUCCGUCUUCGCCCUCCUCACAGCCUCAACCGUCGUAUUCGUCAACGCCGGCCCCCGCCUGUUCCUGUCCUUCCUCCUCCUCAUAGUUGCCGCAACCGCCUGCGCGACCGGCUUCAUCCAGAAUGGCGCCUUCGCCUUCGCCGCCAGCUUCGGCCGCCCAGAGUACAUGCAGGCCCUCAUGGCGGGUCAGGGCCUCGCCGGCGUCCUGCCCGCACUCACCCAGGUCGUCACCGUCCUCGCCUUCCCCCCAGCCAGCGACGAGGCCAAGAACGGGAAGACAGACUCUGCCGCAGACGGCCAGUCCGCCGCCUUCUUCUACUUCCUCGCCGCCGUCCUGGUCUCCCUCGUCACCGUAAUCGCAUUCGCGCCCCUCGUCCGCCGCCACAACCAAAUCGUCGUCGGGAGCCGCAUGGCCGAUUCCACUGCCUCCAUCGAGGACGCCGAGCGCGCCUCGCGAAAGUCCGUCUCCCUCUGGCACCUCUUCAGGAAGCUGCACUGGCUGUCCCUCGCCCUCGGCAUUACCUUCGCCGAGGCCAUGUUCUUCCCCGUCUUCACGGUGAAAAUCACUUCCGUCGUGCCCAUCGACAACGCCGGCGCCCUCUUCCGCCCCGCCGCUUUCAUCCCCCUCGCCUUCUUCUUCUGGAACCUGGGUGACCUCUCCGGCCGUGUGGCCACCAUCAUCCCAUUCCCUUUAAAGAAGAGGCCAUUUGUUUUAUUCAUCUUAUCUCUCGCCAGGAGCGGCUUCAUCCCCCUCUAUUUCCUGUGCAACAUUGGCGGUCGUGGCGCCGCCAUCUCAUCAGACUUCUUCUACCUUUUCAUCGUCCAAUUCUGUUUUGGUCUCACAAACGGCUGGAUGGGCUCCACAUGCAUGAUGGCUUCUGGGGAUUGGAUCGAGGAUGAGGAACGGGAGGCCGCCGGCGGCUUCAUGGGUCUUUGCAUUGUGAUUGGUCUGACCACGGGCAGCUUGCUGAGCUUCUCUGUUGCCAGCAUCUAG